GGGCGCAGGAGCUCAUAAUCAUAAUACCAGCCGCUAACAAUGAGUUCAUCUGUCAGUCGACGUACAAAUCUGAAGAUAUCAGAAGGAGCUUUAGUAUGCGAGGAAAGUAUUUUGAAAGGAGAUAUCACUAUCGGGCCAAGAACUGUGAUACAUCCAAGAGCAAGUAUCAUAGCAGAAGCUGGUCCGAUCAUAAUAGGUGAAGGGAAUAUUAUUGAAGAAAUGGCAACUAUAGCAAACAGAUUACCCGCAGAUGCACCAGAAUCUACGACAGUACCAGUGCAGAUAAUAGGUAAUUAUAAUGUAUUUGAAACCGAUUGUACUUGUCAGGCAUUUAAAGUUGGAAACAACAAUAUCUUGGAAAGUAAAGCAUAUGUUGCUCGCGAAGUUGAACUAACAAAUGGUUGUGUCAUUGGCGCAUCUUGCUCUGUCACGGAAUCAGAAGUGAUACCUGAGAAUACCAUAAUUUAUGGCAGUCAGUGUCAACGCAGGGAGAUGUAUGAUAAACCAUAUCCUCAAAUGGGUCAAUUAGAAUUCUUAAUGAAAGUUCUACCAAAUUAUCACCAUCUCCGUAAGCCUAAUAUAAAACCAAGUAAAAGUGAAGGGGGAGUAUAAUUUUGAUUAAUUUAAGUAAAAUUUGCUUAUGAACACAAUUAACAAAUACUAAUAAUUUUGUAUCACUUGAUAUGUGAUAAAACUUAUGUAAGUUACACUGAACGAUUAUUAAAAGUGCAUUAUAAUUGUUUUUUUCUAUAUAACAUAUAUAUU